AUGGUCCAUUCCUUGUACAGUGCAUUGAAGAAUGACUUAGCCCGUUAUAACGAGAUGAACCUCGACAACGACUUUGAAGAAGAAACCGGAUGGAAGCUCAUUCAUGGAGAUGUUUUCCGUUCACCUGAAAGGGCCAUGCUUCUAUCUGUGUUCGUUGGGUCUGGUGCUCAACUUGCCUUAAUGACUACCACAACAAUCUUAUUCGCUUGCUUAGGGUUCUUGUCGCCAAGCUCUAGAGGAUCUUUGACUACUGUUAUGUUCUUAUUGUAUGCUAUUUUCGGUUCGUUUGGUUCGUUUACUUCCAUGGCCACUUAUAAGUUCUUCAACGGGAAAAACUGGAGAACCAACUUGGUCUUGACUCCAAUCUUGAUCCCUGGUUCGAUCUUAGCUGUCGUUGUUGCUUUGAACUUCUUCCUAAUAUUUGUUCACUCUUCUGGUGCCAUUCCAUUCAAGACUAUGAUCGUUAUUGUUUUCUUAUGGUUCAUAGUUUCUAUUCCUCUAUCUGCUAUUGGAUCUCUCAUGGCAUGGAAAAAGUGUAACUGGGAUCAACAUCCUGCUAAAACCAACCAGAUUGCAAGACAAAUUCCAUUCCAACCAUGGUAUUUGAAGACUCUUCCUGCAUCUUUGAUUGCGGGAAUCUUCCCAUUCGGCUCCAUUGCUGUUGAAUUGUACUUCAUUUACUCCUCGUUGUGGUUUAAUAAGAUUUACUACAUGUUUGGCUUCUUAUUCUUCUCCUUCCUAUUGCUCAUCUUAACAACUUCUUUGAUCACAAUUCUACUAACAUACUACUCAUUGUGCUUAGAAAACUGGAAGUGGCAAUGGAGAAGUUUCAUUAUCGGUGGUUGUGGUUGCGCAUUCUAUGUGUUCUGCCAUUCUAUCCUCUUCACAAAAUUCAGAUUGGGUGGACUAACUACGGUGGUUCUAUAUCUAGGAUACUCUUCUUUGAUCAGUGGAUUAUGUUGCUUAAUGACAGGUGCCAUUGGAUUUUUGAGCAGUUUACUUCUAGUGAAGAAGAUAUACUCAUGCAUUAAAGUCGAUUAA